GGACCCUACCCCGUAUGACACUCCUAAGCCAGCAGGACACACGCGGUUUGUGUGUGUUUCGGACACCCACUCCCGUACAGAUGGGAUCCAGAUGCCCUAUGGUGACGUGCUGCUCCACACGGGAGACUUCACUGAGCUGGGCCUGCCCUCUGAGGUCAAGAAGUUCAACGACUGGCUAGGUGGUCUACCCUAUGAGUUUAAGGUGGUGAUAGCAGGGAACCAUGAGCUGACCUUCGAUAAGGACUUUAUGGCUGAGCUGGUCAAGCAGGAUUACUACCGUUUUCCCUCCGUGUCCAAACUGAAGCCCGAGGACUUCGAUGACGUCCAGGACCUCCUCACUAACUGUGUGUACCUCCAGGACUCUGACGUCACCGUCAAAGGCUUCCGGAUAUAUGGGACGCCAUGGAGCCCGUGGUUUAAUGGCUGGGGGUUCAACCUGCCUAGGGGCCAGUCUCUGCUGGAUAAAUGGAACCAAGUCCCAGAGGGCAUUGACAUCCUCAUGACCCACUGCCCUCCCCUCGGGUUCAGAGACUGGGUUCCUAAGGAGCUGCAGAGGGUGGGCUGUGUGGAGCUGCUCAACACGGUCCAGAGGAGGGUCCGGCCCAAACUACACGCCUUCGGAGGAAUACAUGAAGGAUAUGGCAUCAUGACUGACGGCUGCACCACGUUCAUCAACUCCUCCACGUGCACGAUCAGCUUCCAGCCCACCAACCCCCCAAUCGUAUUCGACCUGCCCAACCCCUCCAGCUCCUGAGAAUGACCUGUGAAAGAGGGGGGUUG